AUGAGCUUCCAGCGUUUCUACGAUACAUGGUUUGAUCAACUGAAAGAAAUCGUACGCCAACUGAGCGAAGUUCCCCGCCCCGCCACCAGUGACCAACACCGUGAAUUGCACCAACAACUCGUUCAAAAAGUUGUGUCCCAUAUCUACGAGUACUAUCGAGUUAAAUCCUUAGCUGCAAAAAAUGAUAUCCUCUCCGUUUACUCCGCCCCAUGGUCUACAUCUCUUGAACGUUCUCUCCAUUGGAUCGCCGGAUGGCGACCGACCACCGCUUUUCACCUUAUUUACACUGAAUCCAGCAUUUUGUUUGAAUCUCACAUUAUCGAUAUUCUCCGUGGCCUCCGAUACGGAGAUCUCGGUGAUCUAUCGCCGGAUCAACUCGCUCGCGUUAGCGAACUUCAAUGUGAAGCUGUUCAGGAAGAAAAUUCUAUCACUGACGAAUUCAACGACUGGCAGGAUAGUGCAAGUGAGAUACUUGGUUUGAUGGGAGACAUAGAAGGGAAGAUGGAGAAGCUAGUUGAGAUUUUGGAGAAGGCGGAUAAACUGAGGAUGAAGACGAUAGAGAAUUUAGUAGAACUACUAACGCCACAGCAAGCAAUUGAAUUUCUUAUAUCAUCGGCGCAUUUGCAAUUCGGAAUCCGUAGAUGGGGAAUCAAUCAUGAUCGUCAAAGAGAAAAUCCAUGA